AUGACGCGAGCUGCGACUGCCGGCCUGCUGCCGGAAGAGGUCGUCAACGGACAUCGCUCCAAACAUGCCCAGCCUGUCCUCGACGACAUGCAGCAGCAGAGCCGCCACGCAAAGUCGCAGUCGUUCUCCGCGAAUACCCUCUACCGCCCGUCAACCUCCGGAUCGACGCGCUCUCAGCCAAAUGGACACUACAGGGAGGAUGGCAGCGAUUCCGAAGAAGAAGGCUUGCAGCUCUAUACCGCCAAUGGCAACGCUAACAGACCGGGCAGGCCAGCGCUGUCACGUGCCAAGAGCGAGCAUGAGCAUGGACGGUACCAGCAGCAUGCGAGGAGCGAGAAGACAGAUCCAGAUCUAUUGAACAUGCGUCAUGGCUGGGAAUCACAGUUGCAGAAUGAGGAGGUCACCAAGAAUCUCUCCGAGAACUUCUUCAUGUACUACGAGGAUAAGCGUCAUGAGACGGCGGGCAACCUUCCAGUCGACUUCGAUCCAAAGCAGCUGGUUACCGAGUGGCGCAUGAAGGACCGUCUCAAGACUGUGUCCGCGUUGCUGGCCGUAUGUCUGAAUGUCGGCGUUGAUCCCCCGGAUGUCAUCAAAACCAAUCCGUGCGCUCGCAUGGAGUGUUGGGUGGAUCCUGUACCUCCGGAUAGCACGAACCAAAACUCCAACAACACCAAUGCUCAGAUAGGGAAGAAUCUUCAAUCGCAGUAUGAGAAUCUAUCUCUGCGCUCGAGAUACAAGGUCGUCCUGGACCCGACCAUUGAGGAGCUCAAGAAGUACACCCAGUCGCUCAGGCGGACGGCGCAUCAGGAGCGGAUCCUUUUUCAUUAUAAUGGUCACGGUGUGCCCAAGCCCACGGCGAGCGGCGAGGUGUGGUGCUUUAAUCGCAGCUACACCCAGUAUAUUCCCAUUAGCUUGAUGGAUCUGCAGGAAUGGGUGGGAGCUCCUGGUCUCUGGGUCUGGGAUUGUAGUGCGGCCAGUAGCAUCAUCACCGGAUUCCUGGAAGCCGCUCAAAAACACGCCUUGAACCAGCAAGAAGCCUUGAAACGAGAUCCGAACCGCACUCAACAGCAGCCUCUGGUCAAGUGGGAAGACUGCAUACAUCUUGCGGCGUGCAAGCAACAUGAAGUUCUUCCAACCAAUCCUGAUCUUCCCGCAGAUCUCUUCACAUCAUGUCUGACGACUCCAAUCAUGAUGGCGGUCCGCUUUUUCAUCCUUCAGAAUCCUUUGACUUCCACCAACGGCGUGACGCUCGCACAAGCUCGGCAUAUCCCAGGCAAGGUCAGCGAGCGGAGGACGCCACUGGGAGAACUGAACUGGAUCUUCACUGCCAUAACGGAUACGAUCGCGUGGAACUGCUUGGACAAGCCACUCUUCAAGAAGUUGUUCCGCCAGGACCUCAUGGUUGCGGCCCUCUUCCGAAAUUUCCUUCUUGCCCAGCGCGUGAUGCGCAUGUACCACUGCCACCCACAAUCACAUCCUCUUAUUCCGGAUACGCACGAUCAUCCUUUGUGGAAGAGCUGGGACCUCGCUGUGGAGAUGAUCCUCGCGCAGCUGCCCAAACUCAUCGAGCAGCAGAAGGCGAACGAAGCCGCUCUCGAGCAGAUGCCAAGCGGACCUCAGGCUCCUCAGCAGCCGCAGCAAACCCCGGAGCUAGAUUAUCAACACUCCGAUUUCUUCGCAGACCAGCUUUCAGCCUUCGAGGUGUAUCUGACUUCUGCGCCUUGCGACCCUGCAAUGCCUGGUUAUGCAAGGCCUCCGGAGCAGCUGCCCAUCGUAUUACAGGUCCUCCUCUCACAAGUUCACCGCCUUCGCGCUCUUGUACUACUAUCCAAGUUCUUAGAUCUGGGACCAUGGGCUGUAAAUCUGGCCCUCAGCAUCGGCAUCUUUCCUUACGUCCUCAAGCUUCUUCAAUCACAGGCCAUGGAGCUCAAGGCGCCUAUGAUUUUCAUCUGGGCUAGAAUCCUAGCGGUGGACCAAACUUGUCAGACCGACCUUCUCAAGGAUGCAGGCUUUUCCUACUUCACCAACAUACUGGUGGCAAACAGCGGCAUUCCGACCGGUAACAUCGCGGAACACCGUGCCAUGUGCACCUUUAUCAUCGCGGUCUUUUGUAAAGACUUCAAGCAGGGCAAGUCGGCAGUGCUGGAAAACACUCCGGAGUUGAUCGAUCAUUGUCUCGAAAAUCUCAUGGAUAUGCAGAACCCAUUGCUGCGGCAGUUCAGUCUGCUGUGCUUGAGCAAUCUCUGUAGAGACUAUCCACCAGCCAGAGAAGCUUUCGUCCAGCAAGGAGCGCAUAAUCGGAUUGCUGAUCGAACCCACGAUCCAGUUCCAGAGGUUCGCACGGCUGUCCUUCACACUCUUGCAAGCUUUAUUGCAACGCAUGACAUGGACUCUCGCGAUGGAAUGGAGAUCGAACAUCAACUUAUGGGGGUAGUGUGCUCCAUGGGCAUGGACGGAUCCAUCAUGGUUCGCAGAGAGUUGACUGUUCUCUACUCAGAGUUUGUCAACAAGUACGAGAAUCGCUUUAUCUGUGCGGCGUGGGACCAGCUUGUCGAAGAACAGUCUAAGAAACUGGGAAAGUCCGACGUAACGGACGACACGAUCUCAGAAAAGAGGCCAGAGUCCAAAGAAGGCGAGAGCAUGAACGGAUCGACAAUGUCUAACAAUGUCCGUUCUGUCCAUCAACGCAGUCUUUCUCCGGUGUCUCAAAAGGGUCCUAUAUCAGCGUUCAGUCCGCCUGCAGUGAAGAAGGACUAUUCCAUGGGAACCAUCUACCGAACAAUAUGGCGACAACUGAUGAGCUUAUCUGCUGACCCUCAUCCAGAGGUCGCGCGGAAUGCGGGUAUUGUGGUUGACUAUAUCCUUAAUGCCCUUCUCGAAUCACCUCUCGGUUCCCACGCUGAGGCACUUCUGGAGCAUACGCAGGCGCAAGCUUUGGCAGUUGAUACAGCGAGUAUAACUGGGGAUGGUCUGACCAGACAGCGUACACGCGAGGCCAGACCAGACACCCCACCAAGCCCUGUGCCUUCCACAGCAUCGAAGCCCGACGGAUACUUCGCUCUUUCUCGUACAGCCAGCGUCGCGCAAGCAAUGAAGAGCUUCAUUGGUUGGGGUCCUAAGCCGCCUGGUGAGGUACCUUCCACGCCAACAUCCCCAACGCACGGUCGCCGAGGUUCGGCUUACAGUACACACAAUAUGCCUUAUCGAUCACGGCCUUUGACGCCUGCUGAUGCUGCUCAAUUGCCGCCAGACUUGGGUGACAACAUCCCAGGUCCGCCACAUCAGCCACCUGCCAAGGUUCCACCAACGCCACACUACAGAGAACGAGAUCUUUCGGUGCUACCUAUGAUACCUCUGAAGUCCAACUUCUUUGACUGGUCUGCGUCGUAUUUCCGCGAACCGCAGAUGAGGCCAUCAGAAGCAGACGAACCUGGCUCAAAGGACUACAACGAGAGACUAUGGCGGCGAAACCGCAAUGAUAAGAUCAUUGCUUCGACCCAGCCAUUGAAGGAGGCUGCUGGCACUCAGAGAUGGGAUAAACCGUGCGGAUACUUCGGCAUCGGAGCAGCGCCGGUGAAGAUGGUGUUCCAUCAAUUCGAGAACCACCUCAUCACAAGUGACGACCGUGAUAGCAUUGCAGUUUGGGACUGGCAGGAGGAAAAGCAGCUCAAUCGCUUCAGCAACGGCAACCCGAAAGGCAGCCGGGUUACGGACGUGAAAUUCAUCAACGAGGACGACAUUGCGAUGCUAAUGACUGGCUCCAGCGACGGCGUCAUGAAAAUCUUCCGAAAUUAUGAAGACCCCAAGCAAAUCCAACACGUCUCAAGCUUCCGCGCUCUUAACGACCUCAUUCCGAGCGACCGGCAGAGCUCUGGUCUCGUCUUCGACUGGCAACAAGGUCAAGGUCGUACCCUAGUAGCAGGCGAUGACCGUGUUGUCCGUGUUUGGCAAGUCGGACAGGAACUCUGCGUCAGCGAUAUUCAGACUCGCUCUUCUGCUUGCAUCACCUCGCUCACUUCUGAUCAAGUCGAAGGCAAUGUCUUCGUUGCGGGCUUUGGUAAUGGCAGCGUCAAAGUCUUCGACCAACGUCUGCCGCGCAGUGAUCAGAUGCACAUGUCCUGGCACGAGCAUAAAUCCUGGGUUGUUGGCGUUCACCUCCAGCGUGGCGGCAUGCGCGAGCUCAUAUCGGCAGAAAGCAAUGGCGGUAUUCGUCUGUGGGACAUUCGCAUGCGCGCUUCUGUGGACCAAUACAAUCCCAGCAGUUCCCGGACGCCUAGAAGUCUCCGAACACUGUCAGUCCAUGAGCACGCGCCUGUCUUCGCCACAGGAGGCAAAGACCACGUCAUACGUGUAUACAGCACGACGAACGUCUCGAGGAAGAAGCCGAUCAGCUCUUUUGAGCCUUAUAUGAGUUAUAUGCGAGCGCUGAAUACACCCCGGAUGGCGCCCAUCACUGCUACUGCUUUCCAUCCGCAUCGCAUGAUGCUGGCCUGUGGGGCGGUCAAUGAUGGCCAUGUCAAUCUUUUCAAAUGUGACGUGCAAGAAGGCGUGGGAGAGAAGCACGGUGGAGUUGUCGACGAUUGGCCUGGGCAUAAGACCAUGACCGAGUGGAAGUGA